AUGAAAUCUACAGAUAUAUCUCUGUCCCUCUCUAUUUGUCUAUUUCUCUCUCUCUCUAUCUCUGUCUUUCUGUCUGUCUCUCUCGCUGUUUUUCUGUCUAUCUGUCUGUCUCUCUAUGUGUCUGUGUGUAUUUUUUGUGUUUCUGCCUUCCUCUUUGUCUCACUGUCUGUCUGUCUGUCUGUCUGUCUCUCUCUGUCGUUUCCCACCCCCCUCUCUCUCCCUCUUUCUCUCUCUCUGUCUAUUUCUCCCAGUCUGUCUCUGCCGGUCUGUCUGUCUGUCUCUCUCUCUCUCUCUCUCUUUCUGUCUAUCUCUGUGUCUUUCUCUGUCUGCCUUUCUAUUUCUCUCUGUCUGUUUCUCUCUGUCUGUUUCUCUCUAUCUAUUUGUCUGACUCUCCCUGUAUUUCUCUCUCUCUCUCUCUCUCUCUGUGUCUUACUCUGUCUGUCUUUCUCUCGAUAUAUCCAUCUUUGUUUCUCUCUGUUUGUUUCUCUGUCUGUCUGUCUGCCUUUCUCUCUCUCUCUUUCUGUCUGUCUGUCUCUCUGGGUGUUUUCUGUCUGUCUCUCUGUCUGUCUGUCUCUGUAUCUGUCUGUCUCUCAGUUUUUCUGUCUGUAUGUCUCUCUCACUCUCUCUGUGUCUGUCCAUCUAUCUCUGUCGCUCUCUCUUUCUGUCUUUCUCUUUGUCUCUGUCUGUCUGUCACUGUCUCUCUGUUUUUCUGUCUGUCUGUCUACCGCUCUCUGUAUUCUGUCUGUCUGCGUGUCUGUUUAUCUCUGUCUGUCUGUCUGUCCCUCUCUCUCUCUCUGUUUUUCUGUCUGUCUCUCUGUCUAUCUCUGUCUGUCUUAUUUGUCUAUCUGUCUCUCUGUCUCUCUCAGUUUUUUCUGCCUGUCUGUCUGUCCGUCUAUCUCUGCUGCUCUCGCUUUCUGUCUUUCUCUUUGUCUCUCUCUCUCUGUCUGUCACUGUCUCUCUCUGUUUUUCUGUCUGUCUGUCUCUGUUUUUCUAUCUGUCUGUCUCUGUGUGUGUCUCUCUCUCUUUUUCCCUCUCUCGUUCUCUCUCUCUUUUUCCCUCUCUCUUUCUCUCUCUCUCUCUCUCUCUCUUUACAAUCAUCAGAUUUAG